UCAUUCCUCUGUGCGGGAUGUGCGGCUGCAGGUAUCUGUGCGGGUCCUGCGUUCCUCUGUGUGGGUGUGUGUGGCUGCAGGUACAUGUGCGGGUCUCUCAUUCCUCUGUGCGGAUGGUGCAGGUACAUGUGCGGGUCCCGCGUUCCUCUGUGCGGGUGGUGCGGCUGCAGGUAUCUGUGUGGGUCCUGCGUUCCUCUGUGCGGGUGGUGCGGCUGCAGGUAUCUGUGCGGGUCCGCAUUCCUCUGUACGGGUGGUGCGGCUGCAGGUAUAUGUGCGGGUCCCGCAUUCCUCUGUGCGGGUGGUGCUGCUGCAAGUACAUGUGCGGGUCCAUCAUUCCUCUGUGCGGGUGGUGCGGCUGCAGGUACAUGUGCGGGUCCAUCAUUCCUCUGUGUGUGGGUGGUGCGGCUGCAGGUACAUGUGCGGGUCCAUCAACAUGUGCUCUGUGUGGGUGGUGCAGCUGCAGGUAUUUGUUCAGGUCC